GACAAUUACUUAUUACAGAGAAAAUCAUCGGCAGUUAUAGUUCCAAUUCCUCAUGUUAACACAAUGAUAAUAGUCCGAUCAACAGCUAAAUACCUGGUAAAACCUGCAAAAAAAAAACACCUCCUCUCUCUUCCGUUCUCUUUGUUUCAACUUCCAAUUGAAGCGCAAUUUACGUCAUCUGGUAUUUCUAUCCUCCAUAGAAACCGCUUUUGAGUUUGUAUUUUGUGAUCAAUAUGGAGAAAACGACAUGGCCUAUACUAAAAUCUUGCAAGCAUCAGUGUUCUGAAGCAAAAGGCUGUGAGUUCAUUGAUACGAAUGAUCGAUUGAGUCAGUUGCCACUUGAUGUUUUGAUGGCAAUCAUGUCCCUUUUAACAAUGAAGGAAGCUGGAAUUAGUGUUCUUUCACGCACAUGGUAUUACUUGUGGCGAUGUUUACCUGUCUUGUUCUUCAAAGUUGAUCCUUCUACAAUUGAAAAUGAUAAACUCCUACUUACCCAACAAAGAUCAGGUUUUACAGGUUGGGUUAACAGUGUCGUGGGAGCCCAUCUUGGUCCUGUUAUUGAUGAGCUAAGGGUGAUUUUUGACUUAGAUGUCAAAUUAGAAUCUGAUAUCGAUAAAUGGGUGGUUUUUGCAUUAUCAAAACAAGUCAAACACCUUGAAUUGGACUUCACACCAUUCUACAACAGAAGUAUUUCCUUGAUUGAUUGCUAUACUUGGCCCCUUGAAUGUCGUAUGUCAUCUCUUGCUCUGCAUGCUAAUAUGGCUUUCUUAAGAUCUUUGUGUCUUAAAUAUGUCAAUAUAACUGGAAAAGACAUUGAGUGUCUUCUGUGUGUGUGUUAUGCCCUGGAGGAUCUUUGCAUUGUUAAUGGGUCAAUCUAUUUAACACAUAUAAAUCUUCCGGAUUUAUCCCUACAAUUGAAGCAUUUAGAGGUAUCAAAUUGUCCCCGUUUGAUGUGCAUUGACAUUAGGGCCCCAAAACUUGUGUCAUUUACUCUUCAUGGGCGGCCUAUAGACCUCCAUAUUAGAGGUUCGUCGUUGCUUUCUAAGGUAUCAAUCGGUAAUGGUGAGUUUCAGGGAGAGAUUGUGGACCAUGCUCUUAGCUCCCUUUCAACGUGCUUCUCGAAUGUUAAGUUCAUGAGUUGGGACUUGCUGUUGGAUCCCCAAUUUGGUGGCAACCUUGUCAAGGUGAAUAUGGGGAUCAAUAACCCACCUUGCAUGACAAACCUCAAACAUAUGGAAUUCCAUGUUACAGCAAGGGGUAAUGAAAGCCUACUUGGAUGGGCUGAUUUUAUUGAGGCAUCUCCAUUCCUGGAGAAACUCACUAUGCAGUUCUCGUUAUCAUAUUACAUGAGUACUGACUAUAGGAGAGAUAUAGUUAAACGAAAAGGGCGUCCUCUAAAAAGCUUGAAGACAUUGGAGCACAUUGGCUCUCUGGGAUUACCAAUUGACAUUGAGUUUGCUACCUAUGUAGUUGAGAAUUCCAUCAUGCUGAAAGAUGUAUUUUUUUCAAAAUUAUGGGUGCCUGAAAGAGCUAGAAAAUCUACAAAAAGGCGUAUUAAGGAGUUUAAAAAUACUUUGCCCCAAGGAAUCACCUACAAUGGCUUCCGGACAAAGUUGAUUACCCAGUCCCCAUAGAUAAAUUAAAAUUCCUAUGAUUUGCAA